GCCACCCUUCGUCCUGUGCCCAAUGCCUACAAGUGCAUAGCGCGCUGCUGUGCGCGCGGCACGGACAGUAGCUGUCAGGAGCGGCUGCGCGCUUCAACACGCACAGCGAACAAAGACCGAGGAGCGCGAGCGUCGCGCGCCGUAGAGGAACCAGGAGGAGCUCGCUCUGUUUCCACCCCCGCCCCAACAUCCGCUGCCCCGUGUACCCCGGACAGGAGGACUGUUUGUGCCGCGGCGUCCCAAGAUGAACCAGACCGCCUCCGUGUCGCAUCAAGUCAAAUGCCAGUCCACGAAGACCAUCAAGGACCUAGGGGGUGGGAGUCCUCCGCAGAGGAACUGGAAGGGGAUUGCCAUUGCUCUGCUGGUUAUCCUGGUGGUCUGCUCCCUUAUCACCCUGUCUGUCAUCCUCCUCACACCAGUGGACAGCCAAGCUGGAAGUGACACCAAACUGACGGUGGAGGAUUUGUUCAAACCUGAAUUCAUGGUGCACGACCCGGAGGCCAAAUGGAUCAAUGACUCUGAAGUCAUCUACAGGAACAGUGAUGGCCACGUCAUCAAGUUCAACAUCCUCACAAAUGAAACAGAGAUUGUCCUGCCAAACACGACAUUUGUAAGUAGAUGUUUUAUAUAUCACUGUAUAGUAUAUGUAUAUAUCUUAGUAUUAAUCUUUCUUCAUGUCUCUCUUUUUAUAUCUCAUUGCCUUCAGGUAAAUUUCAAUGUGGCCAAGUAUUCCGUGUCCCCUGACCUGAAAUACGUCCUCUUCGCUUAUGAUGUGAAACAGGUUUACCGCCACUCCUACAUGGCCUCCUACAGCAUCUACAAUAUUCACACACGGGAGGUGUGGGAGCUGGACCCCCCAGAGGUGGUGAACUCUGUUCUGCAGUAUGCUGCUUGGGGUGUGCAAGGCCAACAACUGAUCUACAUAUUUGAAAAUAAUAUCUACUACCAAUCGGAUGUCAAAAGUAACUCCCUCAGGCUAACAUCCUCGGGGAAAGAAGGGGUCAUCUUCAAUGGAAUGGCUGACUGGCUCUAUGAAGAGGAGAUCCUUCAGACCCACGUGGCACACUGGUGGUCACCUGAUGGAGAGAGGCUGGCCUUCCUGGUGCUCAAUGACAGUCUGGUGCCCAACAUGGCUUUACCUCGCUUCACUGGCAUGGCAUACCCCAAAGGAAAGCAGUACCCAUAUCCCAAGGCAGGCCAACCCAACCCGGCGGUGAAGCUCUACGUCGUCAAUCUUUACGGGCCGACGCACACGCUUGAGCUCAUGCCUCCAGAGACGCUCAAGCUGCGAGACCAUUAUGUGACGAUGGUGAAGUGGAUCAGCAAGACCAAGACGUCUGUGAGGUGGUUGAACCGCGCCCAGAACAUCUCCAUCCUCACUGUGUGCGACACGACCACCGGAGCCUGCGUCACGAGACACGAAGAAAGCUCGGAGCUCUGGCUUUCCAAGCAGAACCAACAACCAGUGUUCUCCAAAGAUGGCAACCGGUUCUUCCUGACUGUUCCAGUCAAACAAGGAGGACGUGGGGAGUUUCAUCACAUCGCCAUGUUCACCACACAGUUCAGAGCAGAUCAGAAUGAAGUCCGACAUCUGACCUCAGGAAACUGGGAGGUGACCAGGAUCAUCGCCUUUGACGAGAACACCGACAACCUGUAUUUUCUCAGCACCGAGGGUUCGUCACGAAGACGACAACUUUUCAGUGUUAAAACCGUGGGUCUGUUCCCACGACGGUGUUUAACGUGCGAGUUGAACAAAGCUCACUGUCUGUUCUUCGACGCCGACAUCAGCCCCACAAACCAGCACAUCAUCCUACAAUGUAAAGGCCCUGGAGCGCCGACUGUGAUCCUACACAGCCUCAAUAAUUCAAAUUACUACAUUCUGGAGAACAACUCUUUACUGAAAGCAGCCUUGAAGUUCAAACGGGUCCAGCUGACUGACUUCAGAACUGUUCCAAUGGAACAUUUUGACUUACCUUUGAAGAUCUCCUACCCACCAGACUUCUCUGAGUCCCGUCACUAUGGACUCCUGCUGCUGGUUGACAGCGCCCCCGGUGAUCAGGCGGUGACCGACCGCUUCUCCCUCAGCUGGGACUCGGUUCUGGUGAGCUCUGACAACAUCAUCGUGGCUCGUCUGGACGGCCGGGGCAGCGGAUUCCAGGGCCAGAGGAUCCUGCACGAGGUUCACCACAGACUGGGAACUGUCGACGUCCAAGACCAGAUUGCAGCAGUAGAAUACAUGAUGAAAUUUCCAUAUAUUGAUCGGACUCGGAUAGCAGUCUUCGGAAAGGGUUAUGGAGCCUACAUCACAUUAAUGAUGCUCAAGUCCACCGACAGCAUUUUCAAAUGCACAUGUGCAAUGUCACCAGUGACGGACUGGAGACUCUAUGCCUCGGCGUUCUCGGAGCGGUACCUCGGCAUGCCAUUACGGGACGACAGCAGAUACCAGUUUUCCAGUGUGCUGCAGAACGUUCAGGCACUCCGGGAGCAGACACUGAUGCUGGUGCACGGCACAGCAGAUGCCAACAUCCACUUUCAGCACACUGCUGAGCUCGUCAAAAACCUGGUGAAAGUCGGGGCAAACUAUUCAAUGCAGAUCUACCCAGACGAGGGCCACUUCCUGUCUCAGCAGAGCCGCCAGCACCUCUAUGCCACACUGACCAGCUUCUACAGGGAUUGUCUGAAGGAGGAGGCGGUACCGCUGCCUGAUGAGGAAGAGGAGGAGGAGGAGUAGGCGGGAUGCUCUGUGGGGUCAGACCUUUGGCAGAGCUUGAGAGAAUUUUUGCUCAAGUCUGUCAAGGCUUUUUGCGCAGUUGGACCAAGUGUUUAGCCAAACAUGGACACUGGGGUUAGAGCUUUGGAUGCUCUCAAGUGUGUGUGUGUGUGUGUGUGUGUGUGUGAGUGUGUGUGUGUGUGUGUGUGUGUGUGUGUGUGUGUGUGUGUGUGCUUCAGUGUGUGUGUGUGUGUAAAUGUGUUGAAAAGAUAACUGGAGGACACAAUAGUGACAUUUGCAUUGCCGGGACUGGAGGCAGGAACAGCCCUCUAGCAUAAAGUCAUUUCAGUUUUGGCACGCUCCAUUUCUCGGCAAAGCACACGGACGACUGCCUCCAUCUUGUGCAGGCUCUCUGGGCUGUAUUCAUCCACACUUAACCAAGUGCAUGGUUCCCCCCCCCCCCCUUCCCCUCUUCCCUCCUUCACUCAUUUUGCCAAGUUAGUCUGCUUUGUGGUAACACUCGGGAAGAAAAAGAACGUGGAUGUGCACUUCUGAUCUCACCUCUCCUUUGGUUGUUGUAUUGUUGCACAAGGAAAUGCUCCAGUCAUCUACAAAAAAAUAAAGAAAAAGUUGCGUCACACAAGUUCACCACCACAGAGUCGAUCCUGAAUAAGUGCAAUUCCCUGCUGGAACACUCUGCCAUCGGCCGCCCUAAACGGAAACAGUCUUUAUCGGUCACACUUUAUUGUACAGGGGUCUUGUGUAGACAAGUACAAUGCCUUAUGAGGUUCAACAUACUGUAAUAUUACUUGCUGGCAUUGGUAGUCAUCCAUUAGCAGUGUCAUGUAAACCUUUGUCAACUCAGGUCCUCUAGACACAGCAUUGCAGUUUAGUAUCUGAACUAUGUCUGCUGUAUGGUCAUGAAUAAGUUAUGGAUUCUAUAAGAAGAUAAUAGAUACUGGGCAUACAAUUAUUUCCGUUUCAGGCCUCACUGCAAAAGUUCUCCAUCUUAAUAUGACAUUGAGCUAGAAUUUCUUAAAUCAAGUGAUGGAAUCUCCAGUUUUCACCACAGCGCUUUUCUUAAAGUCAAGAGAUCUGCUCCCUAUUUCUGGGACUCUCCAAAAAUAAAAUAUUAAUGUGGAAAUAAAUGACAAUGGUAGUACUAAGAUGGACAAUUUUACAGUGUCAGUAAGGCGUUUGCAUGUCUACAGGGAAUGUGUCAAGUGUUGCCACAUUUUGUACAGUACAAUACAGCAGAGUGUGUACAUAAAUAUAUUUUUGAGAUGUCAGAUCUCAUAGAAAGUUUAGUCUAUGGGGAUGGAUUGAUUUGACCUUGAUGUCUUGUAUGUUUUUUUUCUUCCUUUUUUUUCCUUUCAGCUGUUGAUUUUCUUCUUAGGAUGGAUUUUGUAAUGCUUCUUCUUCUUCUUCUUCUCCUCCUUCUUUUCACUGUUUUAAAAGGGAAAGGGCAGGGAUGCGGUUUUGGGGAUUAUUGUGUUUGUCCUAUAGUGAUGAUUAUAAAUAAAAAAGAAA